GACCUGGCCAAUCUAACGUCUGGACGGCUGACUGACGGUAUGGACUAACUCAACGUGGAGCAAAAGUCAAAAUUAACGCUUAUAUCCCAGAGAUGACGUCACACGCUGCUGUUUCUGAUUUCUGUAACCCGGAGAUGAGGAUUAGAGCCGUGACCGUUGUCGUGAUGUUCGUCCUUCUCGGCGUCCUGCCUACGGGCGCCUACAUCGUGCCUACAGCCCACCUCGACGACUACGAACGUAGUCAGUACAACCCUACUCAUGACUUCUCCACAGAAAACCUCCCAGACCGCAGAGGGGAGGGCAAUCAAUUCGAUAAUCUGAAUUACAGCCCCUUAAUUCAAAAUGGGGGAAUGGAUAGGUCUGCGCUGAACGAUGAUUUCAUGCGCUUAGCAGAACUGGAGGAGAGGUCAAGGUCGAGAUCGAGAGAUAAUGUUAACGACCAAGGUCGAAUGACUGGGAAGUCAGCGAAAGAUUCGAAACGAAAGAAAGGAAAAAGUUCUAGAAAAAGUAAACAGGAUAGGGCGCAGUCGAAGAAAUCUUUACCGAGAGACAGCGAGGGCGUGGAGAAAUUGUCCGGCGCUAAAGACACGAGUAGUUUUUCCCAGGAGAUCAAACCCCACAUGACGCUGGAGGAGCGGAUCGCGUCCUGGCUUAUGAACAAGAGGAGGGAGGACAACACGUGGACGUCUAAAGACGAGGCAGCAGACGGCAGCGGUACCAGUGUAAAACAGGACACGCCAGGAGAAGACCCGGAAAUCGCUCUCCAUAUGGACAAGCUGGGAAACUACGGAGGCGAUGACGUAUUCAAAGAGCAAGAACAACUCACUGGAAACGGAUACGAAGCUCCUUUAGAUGUAAUCGACAAUACCCAACACGGAUACCAAGCAGAGAACGAUUACAAAGAUAAUAAUAAUCGAUUCUUCGGAGCCAAUCGCAACGAUGAUGCUUUCAAAGAUUAUUUAGAUAUUUCGAAAUCUAAAAAAGCCAAAAAUGUUGAAAAACUUUUCGGGAAAGAUCGCAAUUUGAUCUCUAGCUUGUAUGAAAAAAUUGGCGCCAUGAAAAACCAAAAAGAAGACGAAAAGCAGGCGUACUUGUAUUACUACGACCCCGAUACACGGUUUCCCACCGCGGGUCUGAAACCCCAGCCCCCUGGGUACGAGAAAGAUCUAGUUCUCGACGACUCGCUUAACUUCGAUGACGUCAACGACAAAGAUUUAAAAAACAAAAGGAACAUUUUCUCAAAAAACGGGAAUAAGACGCCGAAACAAACGUCAGACCACGAAGAAAGCUCUUUCUACACGUUAGAUAACUACGUAGAAGACAGAAGUAGUCCUAACUUUUUUUCGAACUAUCUCGUCAGCGGGGAUACCCAGUCAAUGGACUCGUCCGCCGCAGGGGAGCCAGGGUCAGAGAAGAGAAUCAGCGCUUACAUGUCCGACCCACAUCUCGAUGAACUGUAUCGCGUCAUGGCGUCAGAUAAGAAAAAUGAAAACAACGACGAAACAGCGACGGAAGAAAUGAAAACCAAACAGAAUGAAGAUUUCGGUGUUAACGUUGAAGAUAAGAAAGACGAAAGUAAAAUUAUUCACGAUGAAAAUGCAAGUUCGGAACCAACGAUUGCUAGUAUAAAAGAAGAAGAUUUAAAAGUAAACAACACUAAAAAUAGCGAGAAAGAUGUCGUUGGAGACAGCGAGAAAUCACAGGAAGAUUUUCAGAAAACUCAGGAUCUGCUUGAAACUUUGGAAACAGCUCAAGAGGAAAUGUUACCUUCUCAAGACAAACUUCCAGAUAAUUCUAAAAGUAUAAAUGAUUCAACUCAAGCUACCACGACUGAAGAAACGACUGUGUUGAACAAUACAGAUGUCAAAACAGAGCAGACGAUAUCUUCGUCGGCAGCCAUUUCCCAGAUAAAAUUAGAUUCACACGAAGUUGCCCCUAUGAUGAAAUUAGACUCACCUGAACUUCAAGACACUCCAAUGUUAAAAUUAAUCUUACCCAGCGAUUCAUUAUUAGCGGGGCUCAAGAACAAAGACAAUUUGAACACGUCUGAAAUAAGUCUAGAGGCCAAGGUCACACAAGAAGGAAACACUUCCCUGGAGAUCAAGUCGCACCAUGACGAUGAACUGACGGAACUUGACGAAAAGGGCAUCAAAGAAUUGGCGAAAAAUGAUACUGCGUUUGCUACCAACGAGUCAGAAAACAAAAAUAAUGACGUGUUGGUCGAUGAUAUUAUGAAGGCUGAUGAUGAUGUAAGUGAUAAUGAUCUUUCAUCAAACUCGACAAACGAGGCCACAAUAGACGCAAACGAAGACGAGGUUAGUUAUUCCCACAAAGAUAAAAUCAGUCGCGAUUCUGGUGCUACACUGGGCAGAAUCGACACUGUUGGUGCAUCAAAUUUUACUGAGCUGGUAAACAGAAGUAUCGUUGGUUUAGAAAGGAUCGAUCUUAACAGGUUACAACCUGCUAGCGACGCCAAUGCUAGCGUACCUCUGCUAAAGAUGACUCAAACAGAUAUUAUGAAUUUUACAAAUCAGGUUAACGGAAGUCAUUUGAACAAUAGUCGUGUAAAUAGUUUCGACUUCAGUGUAAGCGUUGGGUUACCCUAUUCAGACAACAAUUCCCAUAAUGCCACGCUGGAGGAUGUGUCUAAACACCAAAAACCGACAGCGUUCAAGUCGCAGUUCGUGUUCACCAGGGAGCAGAGGUCUAGUUCCGUUAACUCGACUCUUCCAGACCUAUUCAGGAACCAGAUGAACGGCACAGGAGACUCGACCUUUACAGGGUAUAACAACAGUGGGCUAGAUAUAAAAGAACAAAUAGACGACUUGGAUCAGUUUUCGCAGCCCUUGAAUUCAAGUAUGAAUACGAACAAAAAUAGAGAAUCAACAAAUACAAACAGAGAAGAAACGAACAGUACCAGGGACACCACAAGUAAACAGCUGAACAAAGUUCAAAUCUCGAAUCUGCCUAGACAGAAGACAUCCAAAGAGACGAGAGACGCCCUUCUACAGCGCGAGAAGAAAGAGGAAAUCGCGCCAAAAAGCAGCAGCAGUAGACACGAAGACGAGAAGCAGACGAACAGCACACACCCGAAGCAGCAUUCAACCAUGAAGGUGGUCGAUGACGUCGGUGUCUUUAACCCAGGCAAGCAGAGGUCACCCGGUGCAGAGAACGAGACACUAUCGUCGUUAUAUCUGUAUAGUAAUUCAACUCAGGAUAAUACGUCCGACACUCUCACAACUGAACCUAACGCCACCAGCGUCGAUGACGUACAGCCGCACACCAAAAACCUCACCAGCAAAACUCUGGUGUCGUCUGAUAAUCUUCCAGACAUCAAUCAGUUAGGGACCUUCUUCAAUCAGAGCGCGGAAUCUUCUAGAAAUAAUACCGAAAACCGAUUCGAGAAACCAUCAAUAUUCUCAAACGUCAAUAAAACAACCGACAACGCAGUGUCGAACCAGCAAAAACAGACAUCAUUCACAUUCGGCGACGGUUCUCAAAACACGACCAACGGACAACCAAAGCAUGAUUUGAGCACAUCUUUCGGCAACUUCGGAAAAACACAACAUAAUUUUACAACCGACUUGAAUACACGGAACACAAGUACUCACGGAGAAGGGACGAGACAGGAUGGGGUAUUGAACAGAAACAGUGAUGUAGUUACGCAGACGACAGGUGCUAACACACACCAUAGUUCGUUGACUGGCAACGUCUCACAGGUUGUCACUCACGCAGACGACCAACUUCCAAGGAGUGCCAAAAAAUCACCAGGUGAACCGGAAGCUCUUCCCCAGAACAGAGCACCGUUUCAGAAAUCUCAAAGUUCAUUUAACAUCAGCGAUCAAAUAUUUAACAUCAUUGACCCCGUAAUACCCGAACUGAUCGAGGUCAACGCAACCGUCUCGAACGGAACGAAUUUUGAUUUUGGAGAUACGAGAAAUAUUACGUUUAAUUUCAGCAGUAAUGCCCCAAUACCCGUUUUUAAUUUUACAAAUUUUGAAAAUAAUACAGUAAUUGAAAACCGGACCAAACCGGUUGCACAUUUUAAUUUUUCUGCACCUGCAUCAAUUGAGAAGAAUAAAUUACCUUUUUUGAAUAAACAAAACUUAACGACUCCAAAUACAACGGAGGAGAUGGACAACAACAAUACAACAUCUGUCAAGAACAAUAUGACCUUGAACUUUAGCGACAACUCCAAUACAGUCUUUCAGAUGUUCAACAUGGAUGACAAUAUAACAACGACAACGGAGAACCGGACAAAACCGGUUGCACAUUUUAAUUUUUCGGCGCCGGCUUCAUUAGUUAAGGACAAAUUGCCGGUUUUCAACAAACCGAUUUCGACCACUCCAAACGUGACAGAUGACAAAAUCAACAUCAAUAAAACAUCAGACACCAAUGACAUCAACCUAAACUUUAACCAUAGUGUAUCUUUUCCGAAAUUUGACUUUCAUGAUAACACAACAACAUUAUCGGAAAACCGGACAAAACCGGUUGCACAUUUUAAUUUUUCGGCACCUGCGUCAAGCGACAAAUUUCCGGCUUUGAAUGGUCAAGUUUUGAAAUCUAAAAACUUGACCGAAGACGUCGUUGUUGGCAAUACAACUUCAGAAAACAACAAUUCAACUUUGAAUUUUACCAACAAUUAUAAUUCUUUUCCAAAAGUUGAUGACAAUACAACUACAGUGAAGGAAAACCGGACAAAACCGGUUGCACAUUUUAAUUUUUCCGCCCCUGCUUCAGUUGAAAAGGAAAAAUCUACUUUUUUGAACAAACCAAAUUUGUCGUCUGCCAAUUUGACGGAGGACAACGCAACUGAGGCUUCUGCGAAAAACGAAACUUUCAGUAAACCGGAAAUACUCAGCAACAACGUCUCGCCGAACUCAAAACAAAUGCCAAAAAUAGACUUAAGCCACCCAGCAGUGAGUAACCUAACGGUUUUUCCAGCUUCGAGUUUGAAAAACAAAACAGACGACGGUAUCCAAAUGCAGUUUUUCAACGUUGAGACUUUCUUUACCAGCCCGUCAGGAGACUCGCCUCAUCUUUCCAACUCUUCCGGUGGAAACUUUUCAAACUUUUCAAACGAGAAAAACUCCACCGAUGGUCAAGGUUGGAACUUCCCAGAUCGAAAUGUAUCCACGAGCAAACGUGCGGCAGACGAUAGCCCUUUUAUCAAUUUGAAUCAGACAGGGACUCCGUUGAAUUCAAGCAACGGUCACAUGGUCAAUGUAAAACCCAAAGCUGGCGUCAACGACACACAGUUUAAUAAUGGACCCGUGCCAAAUUUAACCCAAUUUAACAAUCAGCAGGCUAAUUUCUCAACUAUUUCGAACUUGACAUCUAGUUUCGGAAACACAGACAAGAACUUUGCGAGUAAAUUAAACCCCAGUAGCCAACAAGAUAUGAGCCCUAAUCGGGAGAAAACCAACACGAACCAGAGUGAUCGCCCCUUUGUUUUCAACGACAUCAAACCCAACAACACCGAACAGGCUGCCCCCAAGUUGACUGGCGUUAAGAACGAAACCCUUGCUGUCCACCCGCCAACCCCAGCAUCAGAAAAAGACAAAAAUAAAGGAAGAACGCUCGGCGGGCUGCCAUACUUUGGUUCUUUGGCACCCGAAGACGUCCCACCCAUCAGCGCCUACAUGGUCCAAGACUUCAGUCUACGCAAGCCAACCUCCGACAACAAGAGCAGCGGCGGCGACGGUAAAAACUCCAAUGUGGGUACCGGCAACAUCAACGUCAACCCCAAGACCAGCGGGAUGGCCAACAGCAACCACACUGCUGCCAACCACAGCGACGCCCCCUGUCUGGGGCCAGCCUGCGAUGACGUGGCGUUUCCAGUCCCUCCCCGGGCUCAGGCGGCAGUCUCCGCGGUUCUGACGUCACAUUUCGGGCCUACCAAGGACACCAUAAUCCCCUUUGAUCUUGAACUGUUAGAUCUGGCCGACAACUACGACAACGUCACCGGCAUGUUCAUCUGCACCAUCCCGGGCACCUACGUCAUCUCGCUGUACCUGAUGUCACAUCCGGGGGCAAAGGUCAACGCCAGGGUGUUCAUCAACAACCGGCCCAUCGCCGCCCUCUGGGCAGACGACUCGAAGAACGCGGGCUUCUACCCGUCCAGCUCCACGCAGACGAUCGCCCAGCUGGGGUUCGGCGACCAGGUCUACGUCAUGCUGGUGGACGGGGGGUACGGGGAGAGCUGGGUCCACGCCAACUACAACGUCUUCACCAUCUUCCUGCUGUACGAGCAGGUCUUCUAG